GCAGCAGUAUUACGAAUGAAAGCAGACAGCUCGUCAGUGCUCAGCUCGCGCAGCAGACCUCGACAACACCACAGUGGUGGGCUGGUGACUCCUGACUGGCCUGCUUUCUCCAGUCACCCCCUGUCAGCCCUGAGUCUGCUCAGCUCUCAGGAGGACUACAGGAGUGAAGAAAGUGAAGAGUUUGGGCCUGUUUUUAUCCAGGAGCCAGAUGAUAUCAUUUUUCCUUUGGAUUCUGAUGAAAAGAAGGUGGUGAUGCACUGCGAAGCACGAGGGAAUCCACCACCCAAAUACAGUUGGUACAUCAAUCGGACAGAAGUAGAUGCAGAGACAGAUUAUCGCUACAGCUUAAUUGAUGGAAACUUAAUUAUUACCAAUGCAAGUGAGAUCACUGACUAUGGGAGGUACCAGUGUAAAGCAGAGAACAGCUUUGGGACCCUCCUAAGUCGAGACGCUCUUUUACAGUUUGCAUAUCUCGGUGCUUUCAGUGGAAAGACCAGAGGAGGGGUUUCUGUUCGUGAAGGCCAAGGUGUGGUGCUCAUGUGUACCCCUCCUCCUCAUUCAUCAGAGAUCAUCUACAGCUGGGUGUUUAACGAGUUCCCCUCGUUCGUCGCUGAAGACAGUCGGCGCUUCAUCUCCCAGGACACAGGAAACCUGUACAUCUCGAAGGUGCAGCCCUCUGACGUGGGAAGUUACAUCUGUCUGGUGAAGAACGCGGUGACGAAUGCGCGGGUUCUGAGCCCUCCGACACCUCUGACACUGAAAACCGACGGUGUCAUGGGUGAAUAUGAGCCCAAAAUCGAAGUGCAUUUCCCAACAUCUGUUCUGGCUGCCAGAGGAGUCACUGUCAGACUGGAGUGCUUUGCUCUGGGGAAUCCAGUGCCAACAAUCACAUGGAGGAAGAUAAAUGGGAACAUCCCCAAAAAAGCAAGACUUCGCAAGUCCCAGGCUGUGCUGGAAAUUCCCAACAUUCAGCUGGAGGACUCGGGAACCUAUGAAUGCAAAGCUGAGAAUCCGAGAGGGGGCACCGCUUUCAAGGGGCAUCUGCAGGUCUACACCCUCCCUCAGUGGGUCAGAAUGAUUAAUGAUACUCAGAUGGAUAGUGGAGAGAAGCUCCAAUGGGAGUGCAAGGCCAUGGGGAGGCCCCGGCCCACCUAUCGCUGGCUCCGUAAUGGUUUGCCCUUGACAUCCCAGGGUCGGGUUGAAAUAGUGAAUGGAGAAGUGACGAUUCACAAAGUGCAGCAGGCGGACUCAGGAAUGUACCAGUGUGUUGCAGAAAAUAAAUACGGGGCCAUCUACUCAAAUGCUGAACUCAAGAUUUUAGCGUCGGCACCUGUCUUUGUCCACAAUCCCAUACGGGUCAUUGCCACACUUGGAAAAGACGUAUCACUAGAAUGCAAACCCAGAGCAUCACCCAAACCACGGAUAACAUGGAAGAGAGGAGACAGAAGGAUCCAGCCAAAUAAAAGGAUUAUGUUGUUACGGAACAACAGUCUGAGAAUUGUUAACUCCAGCCGAGCGGACGAGGGGAACUAUGUGUGCCGGGCAGAGAAUCAGUUGGGCUCAGCAGAGAUGACUGCCAUGCUGUGGGUAAAAGACGCCAUGCGUGUGGAGCUCAGCCCGAGCAGAGUGGAGGUGACUGUGGGGGAGAGCGUGGUGCUGAGCUGCAAGGCGACACAUGACACGUCGCUGGAUGUGGCUUUCCAGUGGUUCUUCAACCAGAGGCUGAUCAACUUUCAGCAGGACGGCGGCCACUUUGAAUACAUCCAAACACAGUCUUCCACAGUGGAUCUGAUGAUUAGGAGCAUCUUGUUGAAGCAUGCUGGGAAGUAUGGGUGCCGGGCCCAGACCAGUGCCGACACCGUGUUUGCGGAGGCUGAACUUCUUGUUCGAGGUCCUCCUGGACCCCCUGGAGUGGUGAUAGUGGAGGAGAUAACAGAUACCACGGCCACCCUCUCCUGGACUCGUGGCCUGGACAACCACAGCCCUAUCAGCACCUAUAAUUUACAGGCCCGCAGCCCAUUUUCAUUAGGCUGGCAAACUGUCAAAACAGACCCAGACCCCGUGACAGGGGACAUGGAGUCAGCCAUGGCUGUGGAGCUCAACCCCUGGGUGGAAUAUGAGUUCAGGGUCGUGGCCAGCAACGCGAUCGGGACCGGAGAUCCCAGCGCACCUUCGAGAGGAGUUAGGACUAAAGAAGCAGUCCCAUCAGUGGCACCAGCGAACGUCAGUGGAGGGAAUGGCCGCAGGCAUGAACUGGUCAUCUCGUGGGAGCCUGUAUCUGAGGAGUUUCAAAAUGGCGAGGGCUUUGGAUAUAUCGUAGCAUUUCGUGCCAAUGGGACCAGAGGCUGGAAGGAGAAGAUGGUGACUUCAGCGGACUCGACGACGUACAAAUACAGAGACGAGACUUUCCCUCCCCUUACCCCGUUUGAAGUGAAGGUCGGAGUGUACAACAACAAAGGAGAUGGGCCUUUCAGCAAAGUUGUCAUCAUCCACUCUGCUGAGGGGGAGCCGAGGGAAGCGCCAUCUGACGUGAAAGCUUACAGCAUUUCUUCAUCGGAAAUUAGGGUCACUUGGAAAUCGCCCAAUCCGGGCCCCGGAAGACCAAGAGGAUAUGAGGUCAGCUACUGGAAAGACAUGGAGCAGGAGGAGUCGGGGAAAAAACAAAGAACUGCGAAAAAUGAAACGUCCAUGGUCUUGACGGGACUAGAGGGCAACAGUCUGUAUCUCAUCACAGUAAAAGGCUUCAACAGCAUCGGCCAGGGUCCUGCCACUGCUGCUGUCACAGCCAAGACCAGGAAAGCCCCUCCUGCUCAGCCUCCAACCAACCUCAUGUGGAUUCAAGAGGGCAACAACGUGUCUUUAAGCUGGGACCCAGUGAAGGCAAAAGACAAUGAAUCUGAUGUCAUCGGGUACAUGGUGUUACUCAAACAGGAGGGCAGAGGCCACAACCAGGUGACAAGAACCAUUAACCCUUCCACCAUGCUGUCACUGCCAGAGGGAGGCACCUAUAUCAUUGAGGUGCGGGCCCUCAGCGAAGGCGGAGAGGGAGCGGUCAGCUCCCAAGUUCGAGUGGUCACCUCCUCCGGUGUUCGAGCAAAAAGCAACCAGUGCUCUGUGCACUGCCUGCCACAGAGCUUAACAUGGACAGCACUGCUCUUGGUUCUUCUGGUGCCUUCGGCUUCCUGCUCCCUGGACUCUCCAUUACAGAGUCAGAGUAACCUGGCUCACCUGCUCAGGUUCAGACAAGGGUACCAGCUCAACCACGAGAGAUAG